AUGGCAGAGGACCUCGAAUUUCUAUGCCAACAUUUGUCUUUAUCUGAGAAGGAGAAGGGCGAGAUUCAUGUGGAAUCUACUCUCUUAAAAUCUAAUAUAGCACGUGGGGAAUGUUGUUUGGUGAUGUCCUUGUUAACUAAUCGUUAUUAUAAUCGAGAGGCUCUCAAGAACACGAUGAGGAAAGUCUGGCAACCUGUAUACAAGGUGAGCAUUAAGGAUCUGGGCUCAAAAUUAUUUCUAGUGGAAUUUGAGGCUGAUCGUGACAAACAACGUGCUCUUCGAGAGGGGCCUUGGUCUUUUGAUCAUAAUCUUGUUCUUUUGAAGCAUCUGGAGGGGGACUUACAAGAAACGAAAAUAAUACUUCAUGAGGCUUCUUUGUGGAGCAGGCUAUAUGACAUGCCCUUAAAUGCUAUGAAUGAAGAGCCUCUUAUGCGUGGCAUCACUAUGAAUCUUGGUCAGUUUGGUUCAGGCUGGAUUCGUUUUGCUUAUGAACGCUUGCCAAACUUUUGUUAUAUGUGUGGUAAACUUGGUCAUCAGCAGAAAGACUGUGAGCUUAGUGGGAAUCAAGAUGUACGGGAUACUGAUAAGCUACCUUUUGGUCCAUGGCUGCAUGUUGGAACUACUGUGGGAAGAGUGAAGGCAAAUUCUGGUCAAAAGCACUCGCCCCAUCGGGAAUUCUCGCCAGUUACUUCAUCGGAGUCAGAACGACAACCAGCUGGAGUUAAAGGCUGGAAAUCAGGAAAUUGUUGUGAACAACUCCUUUAG